CAAAAAAACUUGAUUUGGCGUUGCUUUUGCUUACUCACUAACACAACAGAACCCAACUCACUCUUCAAUCCCUCCAAUUCACCACGUAAACUGCCUCCGAAUCCCAUCAAUGGAAAACUCGGACGAAAGAAACGAAUCACUUCCCUUCUCUCCAAACCCUAACAAUGCCGACGACGACGAAAUCGACGAACAAGAAGACGAAGAGGAAGAGGAAGAAGAUGACGGUCACGACGACGUCGUUUCGCACGAGCCGUACAAUCGGAACGACCGAUCCUCAUUGUCGAGUUUGCGCGAGCAGCGUUCAAAGCUGGAAACCCUCUCCCGGCGAUUGGCUUCGGAGUUGGUACCUAUCCGCGUCCACGAUGUGCUGAUUCGAGGCAACACCAAGACCAAGGAUUGGGUGAUCGAGGCGGAGCUCAAGCUUCUCCAGGACGCCGCCACCGUGCAGGAGCUCAUUCGCGCCUCCGAAAUCGCCCUCGCCAGGCUCCGUAGCCUCGAGAUUUUCGAGUCCACCGAGCUCACGCUUCAGGCUGGGCCGCCGGAGCUGCCUCACACCGCCAAUGUCAUCGUCGAUGUCGUCGAGACCGCCAACAAAGUCUCCGGCGAAUUCGGCGUUUACACCAAACCCUCGACAAGUUCGUGGACUGCUGAAGGGGGUCUUAAGUACAAAAACUUGUUAGGUUAUGGUGAUCUAUGGGAUGCCUCUUUGGCCUAUGGUGGAAACCAAGCAACAGAGGUGAGUGUAGGAGUGUUUGCUCCAAGACUGAAAGGGUUGUUAACUCCUCUUGUAGCACGACUUUCCAUGCUUUCCCAAGAUUGGCAAGAGUUUUCUUCAUACAAAGAGCAGCUGUUAGGAUUGUCUCUUGGCUUAAUCUCAACCAGGCACCAUGACUUAGUCUACACUCUUGGAUGGCGUACCUUGACUGAUCCAUCUCAAAUGUCAUCCAGGUCUAUAAGGAGGCAGCUUGGGCAUGGUUUAUUAUCAUCUUUGAAGUAUACAUUUAAAAUUGACAGGAGAAACUCGCCAAUUAGGCCUACAAGUGGAUAUGCUUUUCUGUCCACUACUCACUUUGGUGGCCUUACACCAGAUCAUCGGAGCUUGCGAUUUCUGCGCCAGGAAUUUGAUGUUCGCUGUGCCAUCCCCUUUGGGUUUUAUAACACAGCUCUUAACCUUGGGAUUUCAGCUGGUGUCGUUUUUCCAUGGGGGCAUGACUUCAUGAACAAGCCAUCUCCUCUUCCUGAAAGGUUUUAUUUGGGUGGUGAUUUCUCUCCAGUUUGCACCCUAGGAGGGCCAAUAACAUUGUGGGGGUUUAAAACUAGGGGAUUAGGUCCUACUGAACCACGAAGGAGAAAUAGAAAUGAAAUUAUUGAUGACAAUGACGAUUCCUCUAAAUGGGACUUCGUUGGAGGAGAUGUUGCUGUUACGGCAUUUGCAGACCUGUCUUUUGAUCUCCCAGUUAGGUGGUUGAGAAAUCAUGGAAUCCAUGGUCAUCUUUUUGCUGGUGCUGGGAAUACUGCAAAAUUGACUCAGAAUGAAUAUAAGCGCUUUUCACCUCAGAAGUUCUUAGAAUCAUUCCGAACAUCAGUUGGAUGUGGUUUUGUUGUUCCUACUAAGCUUUUUCGCCUAGAGGGUAACUUCUACUACGUGCUAAAGCAGGAUGAACAUGAUCGUGGGAAGACAGGAUUUAGGUUCAGCUUCUCAGCUCCUUCAUAGAGGCAGAGUUCGAAAUUGAGAUUCUUUUUCUUUUUAUUUUACUCUCAAUCACUAAACAUUUUUUCUGUCUGUCAAUGGAUGGCUAGUACUAUUCUCUGUCGUUUAAAAUCCUGACUGAAAAUCGAGAAAGGACACUGUCUCAGCGUAGAGGAUUUAUAGGAUCAGUUUUUGGAGUUGACAUUCCCUUGAGGGUCAUAGCAUAUAAGCUGAUGCUCAUUGCAUGGCGAUGGUGUAUGAAAUUCAGAAUUAUGCAACUUUAUAAGGCCUCGAUUGGCACUGAUAAUUCUCAUACUUUGUUUCUUCGACUUAAAUAAAUCGCUAACACUGGUUGAGAUCAUUCUUGUGGACUUUUAUCC